GUCGGAGUUUAAAUUGGUGUAACAACUGCUACUAGUACUAAGCUCAAAGUGAUGGGUAGGCAGCCUUGUUGUGACAAGCUGGGCGUGAAGAAGGGGCCUUGGACAGCCGAGGAGGACAAAAAAUUGGUCAAUUUUAUUCUCACUCACGGCCAAUGUUGCUGGCGUGCCGUCCCCAAGCUCGCCGGCCUCCGCCGCUGCGGCAAGAGUUGUCGACUCCGCUGGACGAAUUACCUUCGGCCGGACUUGAAGAGAGGCCUCCUCAAUGAAGAUGAAGAGCAGCUUGUUAUUGAUCUGCAUGCCCGUCUUGGCAAUAGAUGGUCCAAAAUUGCCGCAAGAUUGCCUGGAAGAACUGAUAACGAGAUCAAGAAUCACUGGAACACACAUAUCAAGAAAAAGCUUCUUAAGAUGGGAAUUGAUCCUGUUACGCAUGAGCCUCUGCAGAAGCCUGCAGCCACCGCACAAGAUGCAACUUGCCAAGGAAAUGACCAGCCAAAUCUUGAUCCUAAUCAACUAGAGUUGCCGAAAAAUUCUGGCCAUGUCUCUACUUCUACUGAUGAAUUUUGCACUCCAACCGAGAAUUCCUCGACCGAUGAAUCGAGGUCAUCAUCAGAGUCUGGCAGUGAUGAUGACCCCUUGAUGAACUUGAUAUGGUCGGAGUCAUUUCUCAAUGACUUGUCAUGGAAUUUCCCUGGCCCAGAUUCCAGGGAAGAAUACAGUGAACUUGGGUUUUCUUCAUCAUCGGAGGAAAACUCUUUGUCAUGGUUGUUGGACUACCCAAACAUUGGAGAUGAUCUUCAUCAGAGCUUUGGAAUUGGUGGCUUCAGUGAAAUUGACAUGAAUUGCCUUGACAUGGGUGGCAAGUACUAGCAUGCAUCUAAUAGGAGUGCUUCUGUGCACUCAUGUAAAAAAAAAAAGCUAAAACAAAAAGGGGCCAUUAGGUCUUGUGAAUGAACUCUUUAAGCUUAAUUUCCAGUUAAAUUAUUUAUCUCCAGUUAGGAUCUUAGAAGAACAAGGGAAAAAAAAGGCAAAAAAAGUCAUGAUGCUCAAGAAGUUUAUGCAAGUAAAUGGUACUCUCAAUUUUCCGUC